AUGUUAGGCUUCUCAUUCCGUAUCUACAAUGUGUUAGGCUUCUCAUUCCAUUCCUACAAUGUUUUAAGAUUCUCAUUUCAUUCCAACAAUGUGUUAGGCUUCUCAUUCCAUUCCUACAAUGUGUUAGGCUUCUCAUUCCAUAUCUAUAACAUGUUAGGCUUCUCAUUCCGCUUCUCAUUCCAUUCCUACAAUGUGUUAGGCUUCUCAUUCCAUAUCUAUAACAUGUUAGGCUUCUCAUUCCGUAUCUACAAUGUGUUAGGCUUCUCAUUUCAUUCCUACAACGUGUUAGGGCUCUCAUUCCAUUCCUACAAUGUGUUAGGCUUCUCAUUCCAUAUCUAUAACAUGUUAGGCUUCUCAUUCCGUAUCUACAAUGUGUUAGGGCUUCUCAUUUCAUUCCUACAACGUGUUAGGCUUCUCAUUCCAUUCCUACAAUGUGUUAGGGCUUCUCAUUUCAUUCCUACAACAUGCUUCUCAUUCCAUUCCUACAAUGUGUUAGGCUUCUCAUUUCAUUCCUACAACAUGUUAGGCUUCUCAUUCCGUAUCUACAAUGUGUUAGGCUUCUCAUUCCAUUCCUACAAUGUUUUAAGAUUCUCAUUUCAUUCCAACAAUGUGUUAGACUUCUCAUUCCAUUCCUACAAUGUGUUAGGCUUCUCAUUCCAUAUCUAUAACAUGUUAGGCUUCUCAUUCCGUAUCUACAAUGUGUUAGGCUUCUCAUUUCAUUCCUACAACGUGUUAGGCUUCUCAUUCCAUUCCUACAAUGUGUUAGGCUUCUCAUUUCAUUCCUACAACAUGUUAGGCUUCUCAUUCCGUAUCUACAAUGUGUUAGGCUUCUCAUUCCAUUCCUACAAUGUUUUAAGAUUCUCAUUUCAUUCCAACAAUGUGUUAGGCUUCUCAUUCCAUUCCUACAAUGUGUUAGGCUUCUCAUUCCAUAUCUAUAACAUGUUAGGCUUCUCAUUCCGUAUCUACAAUGUGUUAGGCUUCUCAUUUCAUUCCUACAACGUGUUAGGCUUCUCAUUCCAUUCCUACAAUGUGUUAGGCUUCUCAUUUCAUUCCUACAACAUGUUAGGCUUCUCAUUCCGUAUCUACAAUGUGUUAGGCUUCUCAUUCCAUUCCUACAAUGUUUUAAGAUUCUCAUUUCAUUCCAACAAUGUGUUAGGCUUCUCAUUCCAUUCCUACAAUGUGUUAGGGCUUCUCAUUCCAUAUCUAUAA